UAUCUAGCAAAUUCCAUAUAAGACCAGGUAGAGCUAAACUUGGCUCUUAUUUUUGUCUUAAAAAUGAAGAUUGUGACUCUAGUACUCUUUGCCCUAUUGGGGUAUGCUCUAGGGCAACAGAUUGGUACCAAUGCCCCAGAAAACCAUCCUCCACUAUCAAUACAGUCCUGCACUUCACCAGGACAAUGCCAGACACAGCAAGCUAGCAUUGUCCUUGACUCCAACUGGAGGUGGACCCACAUAGUCUCUGGAACACAGAACUGCUACACAGGAAACAAAUGGGACACCAGCCUCUGUCCAGAUGGAGUUACAUGUGCUAAGAACUGUGCACUGGAUGGUGCUGACUAUCAAGGAACAUAUGGUGUAUUCUCUUCUGGCUCAUCUCUAAAGCUGAACUUUGUCACCCACGGUCCUUAUUCCAGCAACAUAGGCUCCAGGCUCUAUCUAUUGGAGUCUGAUUCAGAAUAUAAAAUGUUCAAACUGAAGAAUGCAGAGUUCUCCUUUGACGUUGAUGUCUCUAAGCUACCCUGUGGUCUCAAUGGUGCACUGUACUUUGUUGAGAUGGACGCUGAUGGAGGGACCAGUCGAUUCCCUACCAAUAAAGCUGGAGCCAAGUAUGGAACAGGAUACUGUGACGCUCAGUGUCCACAUGACCUCAAGUUUAUCAAUGGAGAAGCAAAUUGUGAGGACUGGGACUCAAGCCCAAACGAUCCUAACAGUGGAACUGGUAAGUAUGGGACCUGCUGCACGGAAAUGGAUAUUUGGGAAUCAAACUCAAUCUCAACCGCUUACACAGCUCACGUCUGCACUGUCAAUGGACAGAGACGGUGUGAAGGGAAAGACUGUGGUGAUGACUCUAAGGGACAACGACAUGAUGGCGUCUGUGAUAAAGAUGGCUGUGACUUCAAUCCGUAUCGUUUGGGAGACCACACCUUCUUUGGUCCUGGAUCAAACUUUACCAUCGACACGACUCAAGUGUUCACGGUGGUAACACAAUUUGUUACAAAUGACAACACAGAUAAUGGAGUCCUCUCAGAGAUACGCAGACAAUGGAUACAAAAUGGUAAAGUUAUCAUGAGUAGGAAUGUAACAGUUGGCGGGAAGACUUUUAACUCAGUGACAGACGAUUUCUGUAAUACACAAAAAACUGCAUUUGGUGAUAGCAAUGAUUAUGAGAAGAGAGGUGGUCAUAAGAAGCUAAGUGAAGUGCUGGAUCAGGGUAUGGUCCUAGUCAUGAGUCUUUGGGACGAUCACGCUGUCAACAUGCUCUGGCUUGAUUCCGAUUACCCUCUCGACAAGUCUCCAUCAGCACCAGGUGUAGCUAGGGGAACCUGCCCCACUAGUUCCGGUAAACCUUCUGAUGUUGAGAGUAAGUACCCUGACGCCAGUGUGACUUACUCUAACAUCAAGUAUGGCCCCAUUGGAUCUACAAUGCCAAAAUAAUGCCUAAAACUAUGCUAAUUGUGACCGAAACUCUUUAAGAUUAUUAGAUUAUUUAUCUUUAAUUGUGUGGUUGAAUAAUAGACUUGUUUUUUGCAGCUGAUAUUGUCUUUGUUUAAUGUUAUUUUAUAUAAAA